AUGGGCAUCUUCUCGGGAGCGGUGGACCCAGCUCAACGCUAUCUCGAGGUGGGUCUCCGCGUCAUCGUAUUACGUUCUACUUCACAAAUGAAUCAAUUCCGACCACACACAAUACCUCGUCCGACAUUUGAAGGAUACUAUUCCAAAUUCGACUUGCCGUCGGGCGGACGUCUAGCUCUCAUAAUAUGUUCUGUGCCACAAGCCAAGACUCGACCUCAUAUGGUCUCGUUCACAUAUAUACCGCCAGAUUAUCCCGAUGUUCCUCUCUUUCAGAAGGAGAUAUGGGCCGAGGAUAUCCAGAUGGUCAAUAUUGAUAAUGAUAUGCUAGCGAAACUGGGAUUCUCUACGAGCCCAAAACAUAAAGUGGUAUUUGAGCUCAGAGUGCCCAAUGUUGGCACGAUGAAGGUGUAUGACGAUGACACGACUGAAUACGAUAUCUCAGACCCGGAGCGCUCGUUUUCGUUUUCAGCUAGCAUUGCCGGUGGCUCGGGGAGGACGCCCUGGUCUCGUGGAUCAAAGUCGUCUACACCUGAGGGCAUGCUUGUAUAUUUACCCCUACCACUUCACUGGCACGUUCAUUCGCUUGCCUCAACAUGUAAUUUCCGCUUGUCUAUCCCCAGUGAUCUUUACUCUCACCUACAUCCUUUGGACACCUCUAAUACAACUACGAGUAUUGUCCGACCACCAUCCCAGCAACUCGCCUACGUUCACCAAGAAAAAAACUGGGCACACAGUUUCCCAGCAUCUCACAUCUGGAUCCAGGCGCGGAAUCACACCACGAACUCUGGCGUCAAUGUGGCUGGGGGUGGCAUCAUUGGUACAGACGCCUUUCUAAUAUCGUAUCACGGCACUGAUUCGUUGCACGACGUGUCUUUCACACCACCUUACGCGAUGCAAGCCAGUAGCUCACUCCCUUGGCCUUUGAGCAUCGCAUCAAGCUACAGUCCGACGUGUACAUGCUCAGUAUCUUGGGCAGAUAGACAAGCUCACCUAGAGGUUUCGAGCCUGACCAGGAAGAUUAGUAUUGUGGCCUCAGCACCAAAGGAUACAUUCUUCGGGCUAUCAGCACCGUUUCACGACGGACAUCGGAAAAACUUCCUUGGGCAGAGUUUCCGAGCGAAGAUCAAGGUAAAGGUGUUUAAAGCUGAUCGUUUAGGUUUAGGACACUGGAAUCUGAUGUGUGAGGAAGUUUUCGAAAAUGGGAGUCUCGAGUUUGGUGCUGAUUGGUAUGGACACCCCGACAAGGGAGAGACAAAUCCUUUAUAG